GUUUUGUUUUUAUUUCAAUUUUGUAUUUUUCUUUGUUUUUUUUUUUUUUAUAGAAGAAGUGUUCCUUUGAAGCUGUCCAUUAUGGCCCAAAGUUUCAUGACCCAAGCCGAUCUCAAUGAGGCCACCAAAUUACAAAAACGCCAGCAGUUUGAGGAGGAGCGCAAGAAACGCAUUUUCAAUGCCAAGCAACGUUUGUAUGGGCUCGACAUUCCCACAAUAGAGCGACAAAUUGCCGAGAAAAACAAAACCCGUCAGUUGGAGCAGGAACGGGAACGUCGCCAUGAAGAACAAACGGAAAUGAUGCAAAAAAUCAUCCAUGCCAAGGAAUUGGAGAUGGAGAAACGUAAACGUUUGGCAGAAAGUGAUUUGAAUUUUUAUCGUUGCCGUUUUCAAAACAAAGAACAAAGGCGGGAAUUUGAUCUCAACGAUCCGGAGGGUAUGAAAAAAUCCAAGCCAGCACGUAAUGCCGAUGAUGAUAUUACCUUGGGUAUUUCAAGUGCUCAAAUAUUUUUGGGUGAAGAUUUGGGACAUCGUGAAAGGCAGCGAAGGCAAAGGGAACAGCAACGGGCCUGGUUGGAUCAACAAAUUGCAGAACGUAAACAGGCCGAAAAUGCCCGAUUGCAGGCUGAUCGGGUCCUGCAAGAAUCCAUACAAUCCCGAGAUCAACGUCUCGAAGAAAUGGCCAAAUCGGAAAGGAAGACACGUAAUCAAAUCUUGGAUUCCCUACAGCAGUAUAACAACGAGUUGGCUCGACGUAAACGUGAUGAACGUUUGCGCCAACAAAAGGAAAAGGCCGAAGAUGAUUUAGCCGAAAUCUACAAUAUGCUGUCCAGUGAUAUGCUCACCGAAAAUCCCGAUGUGGCCCAGUCACGUACACAUCCCAACAAAAAGAUUGCCUUUAUGUAUCGUGGCAUGACCCCAGAGGAAUUGAAAGAUUUUCGCCGUGAUCAACAGCAGCAAAUGGUGGAACGUAAAAAACACGAAACGGAACAGCAACUGAUGGACAAACAAUGGGAACAAUAUGCCUUGAAUAUGGAUCGUGAGCUACAGCUUAAGGAUCGGGAAAUGGAGCGACGAAGGCAAAAGGAAUAUGCCAAGAUUUUGGAAGAGAAUGAUCGUCUGGCAAGGGAACAAAAGUUGCAGAAGGACUUAAAUGAUCAGAUAAUGCUGAGUAAUCGUGUGACACAGGAAUUCUAUGACAAGUUUAAUACAACAACGCGUUAGGGAAGAAAUUGAGAAAUUGAGGGGAGGAAACUUACAAAAAUUUGGAACAAAAAAUAAAAAUUUUAAAUAAUUAAAAGAAAUUGCAAUUAAUUAUAAUUUUAAUGGAACAACAGGUUAGGAAAGAUUAUUACAAAAUAUAAAAAAAAAUACAAAAAAAAAAUUGUGAAAAAAUAAUGAAUUGAAAUUAUUUAAAAUAAUUAUAAAAAUUAAGA